CCCGCUCUCUUCCUCCCCGUCCGGCCGCAGGGGGCAGCGGCCUUUCCUCCUCCCUCGCUGCGGCGCGCCCGGCAGCGGCCAGAGCCCGGGCGGCGCGGACCGAGCGCGCCGAGGGACGCCCGAUGGUGCUGCGCGGCGACGGCGGGGGAGGUGCCAAGCGCCUUCUGCUGCUCGCGCUGCGCUCGCCCUCGCGGAGCCUACGCCUCUGGCUGCUGCUGCUGCUGCUGCUGGCGGCGCUCGGGCACGCGUGGACCUACCGCGAGGAACCUGAGGAGAGCGACAGGGAAGUGUGUUCCGAGAGCAAAGUCGCCACCACCAAGUACCCGUGCUUGAAGCCCGACGGGGAGCUCAGCACCUGCUUCAGGAAAAAGUGCUGUAAAGGUUAUAAGUUUGUUCUUGGGCAAUGCAUUCCUGAAGACUAUGAUGUGUGUGCAGAUGCUCCUUGUGAACAGCAGUGCACGGAUAACUUCGGUCGAGUCCUAUGUACAUGCUACCCUGGUUACCGGUAUGAUCGUGAAAGACACAGGAACCGAGAAAAACCCUAUUGCUUAGAUAUUGAUGAGUGUGCCACAAGCAGUGAGCCUCUCUGCCCUCACAUCUGUGUAAAUACUCUUGGUAGCUAUCGGUGUGAAUGUCAUGAAGGAUACAUACGUGAAGAUGAUGGGAAAGUAUGCACCAAAGGAGAUAAAGCAGGCUUUUCUGAGAAGGUGGACAAUGUGGUGAAACCUGGAGCGUGCUGUGCUUCCUGCAGAGAAUUCCACCAGAUCAAACAGACGGUCCUGCAACUGAAACAAAAGGUUGCUUGGCUACCAAAUAAUGCUGUUGACCUUAGCAAGCCAAUCACAGGAGAAAAGGUACUUGCAUCCAAUGCUUAUAUACCUGGCCCUCCUGGACAGCCAGGGGAUCGAGGUCCUCCAGGUGUUGCGGGUCCAAAAGGGAGCCCUGGAUUUCCUGGAUCCCCUGGUCCUCCAGGGGUACCAGGCCCUAGAGGAGCCAUGGGGCCGAUGGGACCAGCUCCAGACCUGUCUCACAUUAAACAGGGCAGAAGAGGGCCUGUGGGUCCUCCAGGUGCACCAGGAAGAGAUGGAGCAAAGGGUGAGAGAGGUGCACCAGGAGAAAAGGGGCCACCUGGGCCACCAGGUUCUUUUGACUUCCUGUUGUUGAUGAUGGCAGAUAUCAGGAAUGACAUUGCUGAGCUACAAGAGAGGGUGUUUGGACACAGGACUCAUUCAUCAGCAGAGGAGUUUCCAUUACCUCAGGAAUUUGCUAACUACCAGGAUGUGGAACUUGGAUCUGGAGAAGACUAUAAACAGAGGAUUAUACCAAAAGACUCCACAACAUUUGAAGAAGGCAAUCAUUAAAAAAGGAUCUCUGCUUUGGAAAGAGUGAGAAGGGGUUGGGUAGUGGUCCACAGGUCACUUAAGCCAGCGUAUUUGCACACACCCCAGCUUAGCCAUGGAAAAAUCAGUGGAUAAUAAGAUCAUGUGUCAAGGGGGUUACUACAUUCCUUUCCCUAAACCUUAUGGCCCAAACAAACAAUGAGGCACGGUAGGUGAUUAGUAAUGCUGUGUCAACGUCUUGUCUUGCAGUUUCUUCCUGUAUCAAAGAGACUUCUGGCUUUUGUACCUCUCAGGCUGCUUGGGAAUUUCUUUUGGAUUUAUCGGGGUGUUUUUGAGCUUGCUUUAUUACCUGCCCACACUUCCCAAUCUGAUGAAGCCCUACAGGAGGCUUGACAUAGUGCCUUUCCUUGGGAUUUAAUGAAAAUGUGGGAAGGCAGGAACUGGAGAGAUAACUGUAAAGUGGAAAACAGGACAUCCACCCAGAAGAACUCUGCUGGACCAAGCCAACGUCAUCUUAGUCCAGAACUAUCUUUCUUAUGGUGGCCAAUCAGUUGCUUCUCAGGUGCCCAUAAAAUAGAGACAGAAAAAUGCCCCUCCUCCACCAUUCUUCCCCUGCAGACAUACUGGCCUCAAGCCAGAGGUCACAUUGUGUCUUCAUGAUGAAUAGCUUUUGAUGGACCUGUCCUCCAUGAAUCAAGUGAAUGACUGUUACCAUUUCUUGUGGGAAUGGAUUCUACACGUGAAUUAUACAAGAUCACCAGAAUGUACCUAUAAGAAUUUCACUGGAAAUUCUUGUCUCCUUAGGCGGGGGGAAAUAUUUUUCAUCAAAUUGAAUGGGAACUAAUAGCAAAAGAAUUGCGGGGGAAUCUUUCAGCAUAGCACUAGGGAUUAUCACCCAUAUGAAGUUGUAACUAGAAUGUCCCACUGAAAAUUGCAUAGUUGAAUGUUUUCUGUAGAAAACAAUAAGCUUCUUUUUGUGUAGAAACCACUAAAACCACUAUGUUAGAAAGGAAGCUUCUGUGUGGGCCUUCCCUUAGCCUGCCAGUUUUUGCAUGCAGGAAUUGGUUUGUUGGAGGAUUCAACUAUUCAACCCCUCAGUGAUGCUUGAUAUGCUGCAGGCCAGCAAUAUCACUUGGAUCUGGUUAUUAUGUGGGUUGCAUAUCAGGAGCCAAGAAACACCUUGACUCUUGAUCCCAAUGUCUUGCCCUGCCACAUUUCACACAUACAAAAAGGGUUGAGCAAAUGGAGCAGGAACAGAGGCCUCGGCAGGAUCUACUGUUUUCUGCAAAAUGAUAAAAGCAACAUACUGUAAAGCCAUCACCAUGCAAGCACUGCCCCUUUUGUCUAUGUCUGCGACAUCAUGACACAUGUACAAAAGAGGCACAGCUUACAUUGCAUCGAUGUGAUGCUGUUUCCAUCAUUUGUCCGCUCUUGCCCCUCCCACUCCCUGACACUGCUGGCCAAGAACACUUAACCUACUCUUGUAGGUUAUGUUCUCUUCUGCAGUAUGAAUUAUAGGACACCCUUCUCUUUGACCAGGAAAUGUGUAUAUUCUGAAAAAGAAAAUGUUCCCUUUUGAUGUAGGCUUUCACACCUGGUAUCUGUUGGGUUGGGCUCCUUUCUUGAGAGAGAGAGAGAGAGAGACCGAGACCCUGCUCAGUUGCCUGUGGUCUGUGUAGCA